UUUGGCAUACAGAAAUAAACCCACAUUAAACUAGAGCGUAGUGAUAGACGAUAGUUGGCGGUGGCCGUCGUUGGAAGAAGAGAAAGCACUCUCAGUUCGAGAAUCAGAAGCCAGAAAGCCAGAAAGAACUAUCGAGAGCUAUUUUCACAACCAUGACUGACUAUGCUCAGGAGCAGGAGAUGGAAAUCGAGGCAUUGGAAGCAAUACUUAUGGAUGAUUUCAAAGAAAUUCACUCUGGUGAGAGUGGUUUGGGUACUUCCAAUCGGUGCUUCCAAAUAAAACUAUCCCCACAGGACGAUGAAACAGAUGAAUUGUCCACUCCAGCUUCUGUUGCAGUUCAGCUGGCUUUGAUUUUCUCGCACACAGAAAAGUAUCCAGAUGAACCUCCACUUUUAAAUGUGAAAAGUUUACGAGGAAUACACAUAGAAGAUCUUAGAAUUCUGAAAGAAAAGCUUCAUCAAGAGGCGUCUGAAAUUCUUGGUAUGGCUAUGAUUUACACACUAGUUACAUCAGCUCAAGAGUGGCUUUCUGAACGAUUUGGUCAAGAUGCUAAUAUUGAGAAUGACGAAGCAGAAGUGGCAGCAAAAGAUGAUAUAGUCAUUCCACAUGGAGAACCUGUUACUAUUGAUACUUUUUUGGUGUGGAGAGAGAGGUUUGAAGCAGAGUUGGCACUAGAACGAGCCAAGCUAAUGCCCGAGUCGGCACUUACAGCACCAAAGGAAAAGAGGGUCUCAGGAAGACAGUGGUUUGAAAGUGGAAGAGCUUCUGCAAAAGGUGCAGCUCCAGUUACUGAAGGAUCUGAUGAGGAAAUUGAGGAAGAUAUUGAUGUUGAUGAUGAUGAUUUUGAAGAUGACGAAGAAGAUAUGCUGGAGCACUACCUGGCGGAGAAAUCUGACUCAUCCACUCAUUCUGAAAGGAGAGCUUAAAGAGCAUAUGGGGCAGUAUUUGGCAUGGAUCAAUUUCUGUUAUUAUUUUUGUCAUUUGAAUUUUUGCCUUGUUUAUGUCUUGAGGGGGAGAAGUAGGAAAACAUAGUUUUAGCGAUUAUGAUUAUCUUUAGUAAAGUGGUGAGAUUGUGAGAAGGAGUGAAUUCAAAGAAAUAGGUUUUGUAAUUUUAAAACUUUGUACUCCUUAAAUGAAGCCCCAAAUGGGCGGGUGAUAUAUCCAUGGAAAUAUCUAUAUGCUACCAUGCACUUCCUUCUUUCUGAA